AUGCGUACAUUCCAAUUGCUGUUCCUCUCUGCAGGCCUCAGCUCUGUUUCAACGACAUCAGCGCAAUAUGCGCCCACGACAGCAAACCUUACCACCGUGCGAUCACCUCUCAACCAUGAUAUCACCAUCAGCUACAAGUCCCCCGACGGCGCCUGUCGCUCCGCAUUUGACCACCAGAAACAAUAUACCGGCUGGGUCAACGUGCCCGGCGACUACCCUACGAAUCUCUUCUUCUGGUUUGUCGAGGCCCGCCAAAAGUCCGACGUACUCACGAUAUGGCUCAACGGCGGGCCUGGGUCGAGCUCUCUCUUCGGCAUGUUCAACGGGGUCGGUCCUUGCGAGAUCAUCGAAGCGGGGCUGGACCAGUACGACACGCUCGCCAGUGAAUGGGGCUGGGAUCGUGCUUCCAACAUGCUUUUCAUAGACCAGCCCAACCAGGUCGGCUUCUCCUACGACACACCCACAAAUGGCACUCUCAAUAUCCUCAACAACACCCGGACAACCCCGCCAGGGGGUCCCGUCGACGACCUACCACCCCACCUCUUCCUGAACGGCACCUUCAGCUCCCUGAACCCCGCCAAUACCCCUAAUACCACCGAAGAUGCUGCCAUCGCCGUCUGGCACAUGCUGCAAGGCUUUCUCUCCGUGUUCCCUCAGUACAAUCCUCCCAAACAAGCGGCACUGGGUGUCAAUCUCUUCGCCGAAAGCUACGGCGGCAAAUAUGGCCCCGUCUUCUCAGACGUUUGGGAGCGGCAGAACGCUAAGAGGCUGAACAAUACUAUACCGCGGAACUCGACCCUCGAGAUACAUCUCGCUGCAUUGGGCAUCGUCAAUGGCUGCAUUGACGACGAGAUCCAGGCACCCUACUAUCCGAGCUUCGCAGUCAACAACACAUAUGGAUUCGAGGGCAUCAACUCGGUCCGCGCCAACCUCGCCAAUGCCAGCUUUUACGCCGAUGGCGGCUGCCGCGACCUUUUACAACAGUGCCGCACCGCCCAAAACGUUUACGAUCCGGCGAGCUCAGGCAAUGUCGACAGCGUCAAUGAGCACUGCUCCCAAGCGUAUGCGACCUGCUACAGAUCCGUCAUUGAGCCCUUCAGCGAGUCUGGGCGCAGCUUCAACGAUAUUUCCCAGCCGGCGCGCGAGUCCUUCCCCUCCAACAUCUACAUCGAAUACGCCAACUCGCCCGCCUUUCAAGAGGCCAUAGAGGCUGGCUACGCGCCCAUCAUCGUCAACGACUCGUACAUUGGCGGCGUCGUCCGCCAGUACGGCAACCUCUCCUUCAGCCGCGUCUACCAGGCCGGCCACGCCGUGCCCGCCUUCCAGCCCGAGACGGCAUUUCAGAUCUUUGCGCGCAUCGUCAUGGGCACGUCCCUCUCCACCGGCGAUGCCGUCGACCUGGCCGCGUACGCCACAACGGGCGACGCCAAGGCCGACAAGCACAGGGACAAGCUGCCCGCAGCGCCGGCACCGACAUGCUGGCUGCGCGCCGUGCCGAGCACGUGCUCCGACGACGAGGUCGAGAUGCUGCGCAAGGACGAGGGCGUCAUCAUCAAUGGCGUGCUGUACGCGAGCGAGGGCGACUGGCCGCUCGCGACGCGGACGACGACGAGCAGCGUCGAGGCGGGGGCCGCGACGUCGGCGACGCAGACGCUGACGGGCUUGUUCACGGCCACGUCGACACCCCGCAAUGGGGACGUUGCGAGCCGCGACCCGAGGGGGAGUGUGAUGGCCAUGGUCGUUGCAGUUUCUUGUACGCUGUUCUGGAUAGGGACGUUGUAA